AAACCUAUCCCUUUUGAAAGUAAAGCUAAAAAAAAAUUGUCAACAUGAAAAUUGCCGUCGAAGGUUGUGCCCAUGGCGAAUUAGAAAAAAUAUACGAAUGCAUCAAAACUUUACAGGAGAGGGAAGGAAUAAAGAUUGAUUUAUUGAUAUGUUGCGGAGAUUUCCAAUCGGUGCGGAAUAAAGAUGAUCUACGAGCAAUGGCAGUGCCUGAGAAAUACCAGCACAUCUGCACAUUUUACAAGUAUUAUAGUGGCGAGGAAAAGGCCCCAGUGUUGACGAUAUUCAUUGGCGGGAACCAUGAAGCAUCCAAUUAUCUGCAAGAGCUCCCAUAUGGGGGAUGGGUGGCCCCGAACAUCUACUAUGUGGGCAGAGCUGGUGUGGUCAAGUUCGGUAACUUGAGAAUUGGAGGUAUGUCUGGAAUCUUCAAAGGAAGAGACUAUCUCCAGGGCCUUUGGGAGUGUCCCCCCUAUAACCAGAACUCCUUGCGAUCUGUGUACCACAUCCGGGCCCUGGAUGUGUUCCGUCUCAGCCAGCUGAAGGAGAAGGUGCAUGUCAUGCUGUCUCACGACUGGCCGGAAGGUAUCACUGAUUACGGGAAUAAAGAGGAAUUGUUAAGAAGGAAACCAUUUUUCAGGGAGGACAUUGAAUCUAACCAACUGGGAAGCCCUCCUGCCACAAGACUGCUGAAAGAGCUACAGCCAGACUACUGGUUUGCUGCGCACUUGCAUUGCCUCUUUGUAGCUCUGGUAAAGCAUGACGAGGGGGAAACCAAAUUCCUGGCACUUGAUAAAUGCCUGCCCAAGCGCAGGCAUCUUCAGAUAUUGGAUUUACCUUCAGAGUAUGAUGGUGACAAACAACUGAGAUAUGAUCUGGAGUGGUUGGCUGUGCUGAAGAAUACAAACCACCUCAUGUCAGUUAAAAAUAUUGACUGUCAUAUGCCUGGACCAGGAGGCAAUGAAAGGUACGAUUUUACACCAACAACAGAAGAAAAAGAAGCAGUUGUUAACCUAAUGGGAGACAUGCUAAUAAAGGAGGAAGCUUUUGUGAUGACUGCUCCAGUGUAUGAUCCCAACUCUCGCCGUGGUGUGCCCACUGACCCCAUUGCGAACCCACAAACUGUGAACUUGUGUGAAAAACUUUGUAUUGAUGAUCCCUUACAAGUAUUGACAGCAAGAACCGGUAGAGUAAUGAAACAACCAAAUGUAAUUACAUCUAGCAAUAUUGUUACUAGUCCAGAGCCAGUGGUGAGCGUUUUAACAACACCAGUCAAAGCAAAAAUGUCAUUACCGGCACCAGUGACACCCAGUGAUUGUGACAGUGAGAUGUCUCAUACAAACUCUUUGUUCUCUCCAGAGACACCUUCACAGAUAAACAGCACUAAUGAAUGUGCUACGCCUUUGUCAGUAGGAAAAAAGACAUUUAAAAGACGAAAUCAGUCCUUAUACACCCCAGAUGCUGAUAAAAGUCCUGAUACUUCUACAUCACUUCUAGAUGACAGCCCUCGCUCUAGCAAAGUACCGUUUAAUGAUAAUAAGUGUAGUUAACGGUAAGUGUACUAUUGUACAGUAGCUAA